UUCGCUCAAGUUCACAUCCUUCGCUUCCUCUUUACCUCUCUCUCCUUAAAUCCUUCCAAAUCAUUUCCAAUUUCAAAAAGAAAAAUCCUCAAGAAAAAAAAAAAUGAGAACCCUCCUUGAUGAAACACCUAAUGCACCAACAUGGGCUUCAUCAGUGCCACCGCCGGCACCGGCGAUGGUGUCUGUGCAGCGAUCGCCGUGGCAUUCUCCGGUGCCCUACUUGUUCGGGGGCCUAGCGGCGAUGCUGGGGCUAAUAGCGUUUGCUCUCCUCAUCUUGGCGUGCUCUUACUGGAAGAUCUCGGGGAACCCUAGCGAGGGCGGUGAAGAAGGGGACGUUGAGAAGGGGGCCGCCGAGAAGGGGAAGGAAGUGAUAAGGGUUUACGAGGAGAAGAUCGUGGUGAUCAUGGCGGGCGACGAGAAGCCGACCUACUUGGCCACGCCUGUGUGCAGCCGGGGCCCGUCCUUCGGGGACAGCAAUAAGAAGAGUGAGGAUCAAGAAACCAAAAAGGAAUCAGCGGACGACUCAGAGAAAGUUAACAAAGAUGGCAAUAACAACAACAGCGCCGACUCUGUUGCCGAUCAUCAUGAUGACCGCGAGCAAGUAAUUGUUCAGUCACUGGGAGGCGGCGAGUCAACACGACGAGCGGUGAUUUAAGAGGCGGGUUCAGAGAGAGAGGUUUAGUAUAACGGAACGCGGUGUUCUGCAGGGAAAGAUCGAGGAGUUCUCGGUGAGCAACACAAGCUUUCAUCGGGCCAAGUUAAUCCAUCGCGGUGUAGCGUAAUUUCUCAUCUCUCUUCGUGUAGAGAGGAAAAUUUUUGUUCUGUGUUGUCAGUUUUGCCCUUUUCAGUAUCGAUUCGGGAAAUGUAAAUUUUUUCUUUUAGGUUGACGCUAGAGAUGACGAGCAAGUUUCUGUUCUCUUUUUUCGGUUCCGCCCAGCAGCAUUGCGUCGGCUUGUCUUUCGAUAUGACCAUGGUCUCUCCUCAAUAUUUAGCCACCAACUUAACAGAUUCGGCUUAAAAAGGGCAAAGAAAUUCAUGUUUAAACAUGAUAGUCCGCCCUGGCCGGACGCCGGAGAGACUCCGCCGUCGUCGGAGAGAGAUUUUAGCGGUGGCCGGAGAGAGGUGGACACGGCUGGGUUAUCGGUGGGGGGAGGGAAGCUGGAGGUGACAGCUGCGGCACUUAGAGCAAAGUGAUGUCGAAACGUGUCGGGAUCCUAUUCGUCUGGGACGAAGUGUAGGGCUAAGCAGGAGAAGGGGCUUUCCUGCGCGGCGACGAGAAACUGCGGGUGAUUUCACUUUCCUUGAUUACUGUGUCGGCUGGCGGUCGGCUAAUGAGCCGAGCGCAGCCGAGCCGGUGCAUAGCGCCAGGUUGACCCGACUGCGGCUUAGGUGAGGUGGAGCCAUGUCCGUGUGCUUGUCUUCUUUUUUUCCUUUUCUUUCUCCUUCUUUUUGGGGUUUCCUUUUUCUCUAUCUCUCCUCAUUUUUUCUUUUAUUUUUCAGUCAAUUGAGAUCUUUUUCUGUUGCGGCCUUGCUGGGGAAGUGUAAUAAAUGAGAAAACGUUACUAUUUUUUCGGUAAUAAUAAGAGAAAAAUAUUAGUUAAAAUUAA